AUGCAGUCUGAGUCCAAGAAGUAUGAAGAAGAGACACCUUCUCUGCACUGGGGGAUGGAUCCCAUAUUUUCUGCAUUUGCAAGACUCUAUAUUAAAGAUAUAAAAGAAAUGAGAGAAUCUAAGCAAGUGCCAGGUAUAUUCUUUUAUAACGGUCAUCCAGUGAGACAGGUGGAUGUUGUCGGGAUAGUAGUUCAAACGAAAGAGCGAGAUGCCUUUUACAAUUAUGGAGUGGAUGAUAGUACUGGAGUCAUAAAUUGUGUCUGCUGGAAAAAUCCUAUGGUAGCACAAAUAUCUUUAUCAGGUCGUCCAAGCACACCCAACAGUCUUACUGUGCUUGAACAGAUGAAGAAACUCCAAGAAAUGGUGAGCCAGAAAACCAAGCUGGAGAUCGGGGAUGUUGUCAGGGUUAGAGGUCACAUCCGAACCUAUAGGCAACAAAGAGAAAUCCAGGCUUCAUGUUUCUAUAAAGUGGAUGAUCCUGUGUGUGAUGUUCAGAUUUCAAGAAUGCUGGAGCUGCCCUUUCUCUAUAGAGAAGUUUAUGAUAAAACUUUCCGAGGCCCCGAGGAGGGACAGAGGUAAAUGCAGUAUCCAGACUGGUCUUGGGGCAAGAUUGACCUGGAGAGUCAGAAUUUCUCAAUCAAUAUGCUGCAUGAGAAGGUGAAAGGCUUUCUAUUAGAAAACAAAAUUCAGACCUUUUACCAACAGGAGUUGGAAACAAUUGAUACUCUGGUAUCGCUGGCUGGUGUGCAUCUCCCCAGUCCCAGCUGUCAGGAGUCAAAAAGUAACUCCAGUUCCAAAAGGAUUCACAGUGUUUUUAAGGAAGCAAUAAGGAUGCUACAAGAAAAAGGGGUGGUUUUCCAGAAACCUAGUAGCUCCAAGGACUUAUACCAUGUGACUGACCAUGAUAAGGAGCUGCUUAAAGUGACCCUUGAUGUGAUUAAAGAAGACUGUCGAAAACCCAGGCAUGCUGAAAAAGGCUGCCAUUUCCUUCACAUCCUGAGCUGUGUUCGUCAGAGCUACAACCCCUCUCUGGCUGAAGUGGUGAUGCACCGCGUCUUGGAACUGCUGGAGUGUAGCAGUGAUAUUGUCAGCACUAUGGAAGGAUAUUAUAUGGCAUUUUAA